CUAGAUUAGAAAAUGAAGAUAAAGUUUUAUUGGAAUUUGCUAAAUAUAUUAGUAAAACAGGUGAAUUUACAAGACCUCAUUUAUGGGGUGCUGUAAAAGAAAACCCUCAAAGUUGGUGGAAUUUAGUAAAAGCCAGAUAUCUGAUUCUUAGUUCUGUUGCUUUUAAAGUUCUUUCUAUUCCAGCAACCUCUGCUGCAA